AUGGAAAAUACCUGUUGCUUCCUGAACCGAUUCCACAGCAACAAGUAUUUUUCGGCUUCUAUAGUUUCAAACAAGUUCUUUAUCUAUGCCCAUUUGUUAUUGUUUCUACUUGCUUUUACUUCUAAUUCUGUUUCAGGCCGUUCAUGGGAUGGGGUGAUUGUUACUCAAGCAGAUUUUCAAUCUCUUCAAGCCAUCAAACAUGAGCUCAUCGACUUCACAGGAGUUCUCCGGAGCUGGAAUGGUAGUGGUUCAGGAGCUUGUUCUGGUGGGUGGACAGGAAUCAAGUGUGUUAAGGGACAGGUUAUUGCUAUUCAGCUUCCUUUUAAGGGUCUCGGUGGCAGAAUCUCAGAGAAGAUUGGUCAGCUUCAAUAUUUAAGAAAACUUAGUCUUCAUGAUAAUGUUAUUGCUGGAUCAGUCCCCUGGUCUCUUGGGUUCCUUCCACAUCUCAGAGGGGUUUAUCUCUUCAAUAACCGGCUUUCGGGUUCUAUCCCUCCUUCAAUUGGUAACUGUCAUAAUCUUCAGACUCUUGAUUUAAGUAAUAAUGCACUUACUGGGACAAUUCCUCCUAGUCUUGCAAAUUCCACCAGGUUGUUUAGACUUAUUUUGAGCUAUAAUUCCCUUAUGGGUUCUAUCCCAGUACGUCUCACCAGGCUACCUUCUCUUACUAUUCUUGCUCUUCAACACAACAAUAUAUCUGGUUCUAUUCCAGAUACUUGGGGUGUUUUAGCAGGAAACAGCUCUUACCAACUUCAGUUCUUGAACCUUGAUGAUAAUCUUAUCUCUGGAACAAUCCCAGUUUCUUUGGGGAAGUUGGGAUUGCUUCAGGAGAUUUCUCUGAGUCAUAACAAGAUUGUUGGCCCUAUACCUGAUGAACUAGGGAAGAUCUCUAGGCUACAAAAAAUAGAUUUAUCAUACAAUGCUAUAAAUGGCAGCUUUCCUGAUACCUUUACCAAUCUAACCUCUCUUGUGUCUCUAAAUCUNAAAAAAAAAAAAAAAGACUUUUGA